AUGAGAUUUGGGGGGACACCCUGGAUUUUCCUCAACUCUCGCCGCGCAGUUACCGCCUUACUUGACAAGAAGGCAGCAAUCUAUUCUUCGCGCCAAAAUCUGCCCAUGGCCGCUGAUAUUAUUUCAGCCGGCAAGCGUCUUCUGCUCAUGCCGUACGGGCCAGAUUGGCGGAAGCAGAGGAAGGCUAUGCACCAGAUCCUCAAUAACACCAAGUCCAACAUCUUUCAGCCGUUCCAAGACGUAGAGUCCCGCGCUCUUCUGUAUCACUACAUGAAGAAGCCUGAUCGCUGGUGGGAGGCGAAUGCCCGCUUCGCAAACUCGAUCAUCAUGAGCGUCACAUAUGGAAAGCGCUCAGACUUGGGCGAUCCAGACUUGACCCAACUGCUCAACAAUGCGGAACAAUUCGUCCCAUACCUAAUGCCCGGACGGGCCUUGGUGGAUAUAUUCCCUUGGCUAUUGAAGCUGCCAAUUCCCUCGUCAUGGCAACCCUGGCGUUGGUGGGGAGAUGCUCUUCAUCAGUCAACCAAAAGAGCAUAUAAGAAGCUCCUGGAUGAUCUCUUGGAGAGGCGGAGACUUGGAACUCAGAAGCCAUGCUUCAUGACCGAGUUCCUCGACAAUAACAGCAAUGGCGAAUUCACCACGGAAGAAUGCUACUUUAUGGCCGGGACCCUUAUCGAAGCCGGAUCUGAUACGACCAGAAUUAUCCUGAUGGAGAUUCUUGCUGCGGCAGUCCUUUAUCCCGACUGGGUUGAACGAACUCAGCAGCAACUCGACUCUGUGUGUGGUAGCAAAGCUGAACGCCUGCCAGUCUUUGACGACAUGCCGCAGUUGCCGUUGAUCAAAGGGAUAAUAAAGGAAGGCCUGAGAUGGAAGCCGGCCAUUGCUGAGACGGGCAUUCCUCAUGCACUGAUCAAGGACGACACAUUCGAUGGUUACAAGAUUGCUGCAGGAACGGUUGUAACAUACAGCCACUGGGCAAUAUCUCAUCUAGACUACGAUGACCCUGACCGAUUCUACCCCGAAAGGUUCCUCGACGAGGAUCUGGAUGUGCCGACGAAAGGGCACUUGGGCUUUGGCGCCGGCAAGCUUCACUCCUUUCCGCUGCUCUACUGCUUCGACGUGUCAGGUGUUCCUGGCGAGACGAUCGAUACAUCUGUCAGGUUUGACAGUGAAUUUGGAAAGGCUCCUUUCGAGGUCACCAUCAAGCCUAGAUCAGAAGCGCAUCGUCAGCUUAUAGAACGGGAGUGCGCCAACGCGGCUACGAUGGAAAGCUAA